AUGGAGGUCGGACUAUUGAUUGCAUAUGCUGCUUUGGGUAUCAUGGCCAUAGUGCCGAUAUACUACGGCUCGUUUGCAUCAGUCAAAUGGCCUAAGAAAUCAAAACAAAAACAUAAAAGCCCCGGUCGUGAUACGGACUCAUCUUCAGAGGAGGAAUCUUCAGCUGAGUCUUUAUCAACAGAAGACGCUUACCUCUUUCCUAUAUUUGGUUCAGUCGUGUUAUUUUCUCUAUAUCUAAUAUUUAAAUUGUUGGAUAAGGAAUAUGUAAAUUAUCUUGUUACUGCAUACUUUGCAUUCUUGGGCGUAGUUGCAGUAACUAAUGUUGGAGUUCACGUUAUCAAAAGCGUUUUCAAAGUUAAGGUUGACGCUUAUAAACUCGUAUUAACAAAGAAGGCUAAAGGUUGUUUAAAUUUAUCUAUGUUAUCGUUGGAUUCCUUCAAAACGGGCAUGAUUCUUCUUGGCGGAUUAUUUUUCUACGAUAUAUUUUGGGUAUUUGGUACAGAGGUUAUGGUCACCGUAGCAAAGAGCUUUGACGCACCCAUUAAG